UGUUCUUUUGUGCAAAUAUUAUUUUAGUUGUAACUUCUUCCAACCGAUGGAACGAUACGAGGCAGAUAUUUUGAGACUAAAUCGAAAAAUUAAGGAACUUAUAUCUCAGAAUGAUAUUCUUGAGACCCGCAACAAGCAGCUGGCGGCCGAAAAUCGAGCUCUUCGAGCGGAAGUAAUCGAGCUGAGCCAAUCCAACGUGAGCAUGUCCCAGCUAAGUGUCCGGUACAAAGGGCAGCUGGAGAAAGAGACCUGCCAAAAGGAGCUUCUGUAUGACGCGUGCCAGAAAUUGAAAGCACAGCAUCGAACUCUCAUGGACCGGUAUCUUCAGGAAUGCGAAAAAGCAAAGACGAUGGAGCAUCAUCUUCGGUCGGCAGCAUCUAUCAAGAGGAUUUCGCGCGUGCCAGUCGAGUUGAUUGGAAAAGUAUCAGAUGUUUCCGGCAACGCAGGUCAGUACGAGAAACGAUGUCAACAGUUACAGCAAAGAUGCGAAGAGCUGCAAAAAGAUUUAGCUGGAACCUAUACUAUCAUUGACGAUUUAGAAUUCGAACUCGAAAGUGUGGAUUUCCUUGAAGACGAAAACACCCGCUUACAUCAGGAAAUCAUUCGUCUGAGGUCGCAAGUUCAAAACCUUGACUCCCAGGCCGCGCCAACCGAAAUUCUCCUAAGUCACCGGCAACAAUCAGAAGUGGCAGAUAUUAAGUUUGACGAUGGUGCCAAAACGAUUACUGAACAGAACACUUCGGAGGAUAUUUCGUGCAGUGAAUGUUUGGACCGUAAUGACAAGAGGUUGACCCGGAGAUUCGAUCUUCAAAUGAAAUUGGAGGACCUGCAUCGCAAAAAAACCUACCAGGAAAAUGGUGAUGGUUAGUUGUGGGACACAUGAACUUUCUUAUUAA